AUGAAGACGGACAAGAAGCAUCUUCUCUACUUCAGAGUUGUUACAGUUCAUCAUAUUUUCCGUGUGUAUUUUCUACUAUUCUGUAGAUUCCAAACAUUCAGACGAGAGGAGGGUGGCGGACCAGCCCGGAGACGCAGAUGUAGCACAAGACGACAAAUAACCUUCAGAGUGUCUGUGCUGAGGAGCAGCACAUUGACCUGUUACAGGUCUCAUAGGGAUGCCACUCCUCCCUGUCGGGUCGUCGUCCCUUUAGACCUUGACGAACAGGAGUUUGUUCAAGUCCUUCAAGAAAACAUCCCCGAGUUACCUGAACACUUUGAGCUUUGCCGAGUCAAUGGGCAGCGCAGCAUAAUAGUGUUGGAGGAGCAGUGCCCAAGGGACAUACAUGCCCAGAAUGCCCUAGGGCGCUCUUGUCUCUACCUACGCCCCAAGGAUGUUAUGUCAAACCCCUCCAUACCAGUGGAACAAACACCAGCUGCACCACCAAUUGCAGGUGGGACAACUUCUCCUGCUCCAUCUUCACCAAUCUACACCUCUUCUCCUGCUCCAUCUCCACCAAUCCACACCUCUUCUCCUGCUCCAUCUCCACCAAUCCACACCUCUUCCCCUGCUCCAUCUCCAUCUCACAAUCAUUUCUAUAUAUCCUCCGCACCAUCGAGCCCAUACCAGGAGGGAACUGAAGAAGCUUUUGACAUCGCUGUGGCACUUCGAUCCCUACAAUCAAGGGUUCACCAUCUGGCUCCCACAGCCAAUCAGAUAAAUGUUCUUCGCAAUGAAGAAUUUGAAUGUGCCGGGUAGCGGGGUAGUGUUGAUUGGCUCAUCUGUAGGUCAUUAUUGGCUUGCGUGCUUGUCGGGGG